AUGUUAAAUUAAAUGAAAAUGAAAAGAAUAGAAUAUUUUUCACAAAUUUAAGAUAAAAUAAAUUAUGAUUCUUAAUUAUUAUCUAAAUUAGAAAAAGACUUUUUCUAUAAUUUUAUAAAUAAUGAUUGUAAAUAAUUAUUAGAUGAACUUAAAAAAAUAUAUCUUCCAAAACUAAACACUGUUCUCUAAUUUAAAUUUAAUCAAGAAACAUUUAUUUACCAAAUCCCAAAUAAAGACCUUGCUAAGCACAUAGAAGCCGAAUGGGGAUGUAGUAUAGUUUUAUCAAGUCUUGAAUUAGAAUAAUUUAUAAGUAUAUUUCUAUCUCUACUAUUAGAAUAAAGUAUAGUAUUCGUUUCAAAUAAUUCAGCCUUAUUAUCUUCCACAGUAUUAUUAUUUCAUUCACUUUUAAAACCUUUUUUAUGGCCACAUCCAUUAAUAAUAAAUUUACCUAAUAAUUUCAUGCAUGUGUUAGAUAUUCCAAUUCCAGUAUUAGUGGGUUUAAAUAAAGAUAAAUCUUUUGUGUUUGAAAAAAAAUUAGAUUUAGUUCAUGAAAAUUGUCUUUUUGUAUUAUUAGAUGAAAAAGUUGAAAUACUUAAUAAUCAUUUAGUUAAAAAUAUUUAUAAAUCAUAAACUUUUAUACAGGUAUU